CGGUGAAAGAGAGAGAAAAAAGAGAGAGGCGGUAAAGAAGGGUGACGAAUCCAUGGAGUUGGAGAAGGACCAACUAGGUCCGCUUAACAAGCGAUUCAAGCAGGACCCAUCUCUACAGCCUACAAUGGAGUCUGUCACAGAACCAGCAGAAGCUGAUUCCAAGUCCAUAUGUGAGCCGAGCAUACAACCACCCUCAGUUCACUCAUCAGAUUUAGGUGUGACAGAAGCUGAUCAGCUAGAUCACCAUAAGCACAGCCCAUCUCUACAGGCAACAAUGGAGUCUGUAACAGAAUCAUCCGACUCCAUUUCGGAGUUCCCAUGUGAGUUGAGCAUACAAGAACCAUCAGAUCAAGCAUCGGAUUCAUUUUUUUUCGGAAAUGGUUCGUGCAAGAUAGCGGUUGAAAAGAUUUUUCUCUCUUAUCCUGACUGGAACUCGAAGGCAGUUCUCAUGGAAAAGCUUAAGGAUAGUGGGCUUGAACUAGACAAGGUUGCUCAGGAUUUUGAUAAGCUAACUCCACCAGAGUCUUCUAAAAACAUUAUUUUUAGGUUUAUCCAUUAUGAUGAUAAAAGUUAUUCCUUCGCUUGGAUUGAAAAAAUCACUGAUGCAAUGAAAGCUAAACCUAGGAAGAUUCAGCUUCGGAAGCAUAAUGGUAGGAGAAAAUUUAAUUAUGCCAUACCUAUAUAUGAUCCAACCGUCGACAGCGAUGCGUUUGAUCUAAUUUUAGAUGACGUUGAAAAAUGCUACUGGCCUAUGGUUUUAAGGAGAGCUCUUCACGAUGAUGAAGACUAUGGAGACAGCUAUAAAAGUGACGAAGAUUAUGUUGAAGUUGUGAAUGAAGAUGCUGUUGAAGUUGUGAAUGAAGAUGCUGUUGAAGACGAAAAUGAAGAUGCUGAUGAAGAUGAUGAUUAUGAAAUCAAGAAUAGAGAUAGAUUUGACUUACAAGAAAUCAGAAAUGAAGAUGCUGUUGAAGACGAAAAUGAAGAUGCUGAUGAAGAUGAUGAUUAUGAAAUCAAGAAUAGAGAUAGAUUUGACUUACAAGAAAUCAGAAUGAGAAUGUGCUUUAAACCCAAAAAAAGCUAUAAAGAAGACGACGAUGACGAUGACGAUAACGAUGAUGAAGAUGAUGAUGAUGAUGAUGAGGAGGAGGAGGAGGACGACGACAACGACGACCACUAAUUUUACGAUCCAUAUUUUUAGCAUUACCAUUUUAAACAAUGUUGAAGGUGAUUAUGGUAGAGUUUCAGCUAGAGUUAAAUUUGUCAAUGAAGAUUCUAAUGAUGAAAUUAACUAUGAAUAUGAAAGAAGAAGAGGCUUGAAGUGGCUUAA